AUGGAGCAAGAUGAGGAGAAGGAGGAGCAGGAGGAGGAGAAGGAAGAAGAAGAAAAUGAAGAGGAGGAUAAGAAGCAGAAGAACAGAGAGAGGAGGAAGAGAAGGAGAGAAGAAAGACGAAGAGGGAGAUACUCCGAAGGAAAGAUCCUCAAGAGGAGAGAUCCUCAGGAGGAGAGAUCCUCAGAAUGGGAGAUCCUCUGGAGAUGGGGAUCCUCAGAAGGUAUCUCGAAAUCCUCAGGAGGAAAGAUCCUCAGGAGGGGAGCCCUCGGGGGUGUGGAUUGGGCUCUUUCCCCCCACAACCAAAACACGACCUUCUUCUUCGUUUACAAAUAUACGACACGGCUGGACGACGACGACGGCGGCGACGACAACAACAACGGCCCGCCCGCCGUCAUACUGGUCAUACUCAAAUGGGCGCAUAUUAAGAACUUGAACAUUACUACUUUACGUUUUAACAUUUAUUCUUCAUUCUCUCCAUCGCAUUCAUCUCUAACUCCUCCUCCACCUCCACCUACUACUCCCCAUCCUCUAACUUCUCCUCCUCCACCAACUACUCUUGCUAUUUCUCCUAUUCCCCCAUCAUCAUAA